AUAUAGCUCAUCGUGCCAUAACUUUCUACACAGCGUUCAUUCAUUACGUACAGCUGGGUUGGUCCCUCGUGACACGGAGGUCUUUAAAUAAGAGACUACGAACUGCUGACUGGGUCGGUCGAAUGAAUGAGGAAUCGUCAAUGAGACGAAUGGAGGGGAGACAUUCCAAUUACGUAACAGAGAUGGUGAAUUUCUAGUUAGCAGUGGCUUACGAUCGAGAAUUCUACGCGUGGUUCUAUCAUUUGUCGAGCGAUAUUAUUUUUCCCUUUCGCUAUGGCCGACCCAGAUUUCCGUACCAAGUCCGAGGUGCAGUGCCGGUGCGGAGACUGCGACUUCAUGAGGCAGGAAUUGAUACCGGAGAUGGUGUACGAUCGUCGUUUCUGCGAGCCCGGCUCGAGGGAGUUCGUCGAAUUCGACUCCCUUGACGUGGAGCAUCUCGGGAUGCGCGAUUACAGCACCAAGUUAUACCGGGUGACGGCGAGGGUGAAAUUUUCCGGCGAGGCGUGCAGCUUCCCUCUCGUUAUCAAGUUGCCCAAGACGGACGCGGAAUCUCCGCCGUCCGGCCCUUUUCAGAACGAGGAGAUGUUUUAUACCAAGAUGAUCCUCGAGUACGGGACGGAUGGUGUACCCAAGUGUUAUCUGUCCGACCUGGGUCGAUACGGCCGGCCGGUUAUAGUGUUGGAGGAUCUAGCCGCGCGUGGUUACGCACAUGUAGACGAUAAAUUAGACGAGGAUCACUUGAAGCUGUGCGUAAAAGCUCUGGCGACGUUUCACAGCAGAGGAUUGAAGCUCAAGGCGCAUAAGUUUCCCAUUUUUCGAGAGUUCUACGCGAAACUGUCUGUGUCGGACAGCUUGUUUUCUGUUCAGCAAAUACUCAAUGCCAGCGAACAUUUGAGCUUGGCAUCACUCGAGUCAAGUCUCGUUGAGAAAGUAAAAAGAAAGCUACACGAAAUGGAAAGUCUGGCCACGGAGAUCAACGAUGUAUCGAUCGUCUGCCAUGGUCAUUUCACGCGGGAUAACGUAUUGUUCAAGCACGAGAAUGGUAAACCGAGCGACGUAAAGAUGAUCGAUUGGGAAACAAUGAAGUACGGCUCGCCGGCGAUCGAUUUUGGUCUUAUUCUCUUCACCAACAUACCCGAAGAAGGUGAACUGUCGAAAGUCGAGACAUUCUCCCGGAAUAUUUUGCGACUUUACUUGGACGCCGUGAAGGAGGAAUAUCCGGAAGUGGAGCGCGAACUUUUGGAACGGGACAUUAUCGCCAAACUGCUAUUGGCAUAUAUUAGCUUGUGCAAUGACGAUCCGAUUAGAAUCACGUACGAAGAACUGGGGAUGAUGUUGCGCGUGCUCGAUGGUCUGGGUAGCCUCGAUUAGAACCAUUCCCGUUGUGUACAUUGGCAGUUUAUUUAAUCCUCUACAAUGUACGAUACUUGUUUCACGUGUUAAGCUCUAUCGCAACUUUAUCGCGCGUGUUCGCGAUAAGAACGUACAUCGAAGAGAGUGUUAUUAACAGACAUAAAAGGAUGUGUCUGAAAAAGGCGGAUGUUAUGGCUUCAUAUUUUACAAAUGAUUCUCGAUAUUUAAAUUUUUUUUCUAUUUAAAUUCGUGAACAAAUAAAUUUUUGUAAUUACUCGUUUCAAUUAUUCGUUUUAAAAUUAUUCGCGUGUUUAAUUCUUGCAACUCUUAUCGAUGUCUGUAAAAUCGAGAGAAAUGUAGUGAUUUUUAAAAAGCAUAGAUUGAUCGCGUCGUAACAAAUUAUUAUUAUUAAUAUUAUUCUUCCUCGAUUGUAAUAAACUAACUCUGUAUGUUA